AUGGCCUCCGUCGAUACAUACCAUGGCGCUGGUAGUAGACGGGACUGGGACGCGCGGACGAGCAUCCCCUUCAUCAUGGGUGGAUCCCCAACGGCAUCAGCGUCGUCAGACGUGUCUCGGGUCAUCGCAUCACAGGAAGAGCUGCCAUCCCCUGCAUCCGCAAAUGCCGUGCCAGGAAGGACAGUUGAUGACAGAGAUUCUGAUGAGACCACCAGCCCAAAGACCUCAGCCGGUGGCAGGUGUCCGAGCAGAUAUGACUGGAGUAAGCACAUGCCGACGAUCAAGCAGCUUUACAUCGAGGAGGAUAAGACCCUGAAGGAGGUCAUGGGCAUAAUGGAAAAGGAGCACAAUUUCAUCGCAACAGCCCGCAUGUACAAAAUCCGCUUGAAGAAGUGGGGCUACACCAAGAACGUCAGCGUCAAAUCGGAGGAGAUUGAGCCGCUGCUGAGGCUGCUCGACGAGGCAGAGAACAAAGGCGAUGCCCGCGCGACGUCAAGUGAGGUGCAGCUUGCCACGGGUCGGGUCGUGGGCCUCGACCGCCUCGCAGCACAUCUGAGACGCAAGGCCCAGAGGCUGCAGCAUAACCUAGCGGUGGAUACGCGGGCGGCUUCGCAAGCCUCCACGUCGCUAACACGGUACCGGCGUGGUGAGAGCCCGUCGCCCGUUUCGCUGGCUAUCAACUCGCCAGAGAUGUACCGCAUCUCCGAGAUUGUCUUCGCCGAUGUACAUGCCUACGUCUGCGGCCGUAUCCUGGAGCCCAAGGGUCUCCAGCUGGUACAGAGGUCUGAUUACGACAUGACAUCCCCGGUGUUCUCGAUGGUCCACGCUGCCAGUGAGUUCCUCAAGCAAGGACGGCUCAACGAAGCUCUUGCUCUGCUGAGGGUGGCCCCAGCUCGGCUCAAGAAUGUCAUCAUGUACGAGCCACCCAAUAUCUUGCACUGUCUCUUCAUGGUCAUCGUCCAUCUCCUGAGCACAUCCGGCUCGGAGCAGCUGGUCAGUAGCAUCAAGGCCCUCCUUGCCUAUGCCGCAGCAACAGCAGACGAGAACUCCCGCCACUGGUCCCCGCAGUACCCUGUGCGGCGGAUCCUGCGAAGUCUCGCCGACCUAAGUGCAUCGAAAGACUUUCACCUGCGCGAUAUGACGGUGCACGCAUGGAGGUGCCUGCUGCGCUCGCACGACCUGACACUCGGCUCGCCCGACUGCGCGCGGACAUUUCCCAACUGGCUUGACUUGGGAGAGUCGGCGGGCUUCGACGUGCUGCCGUCAGAGCUGCUGGAGAAGAUGCACUGGGAGGUGUACCGCAAGCGGGUGGCCGAGUUCGGCGAGGGCGACAUGCAGUCGUGGUCGCAGCUCUUCUACCUCAGCGAGCUGGAGCGCCAGAAGGUCAAGGCCCGCGGCACUUCCUCCGCCAGACUGCAGCAGUACCUCGAGAUGACCCUCGUCGGCAUCGAGAACGCCCGCCCCGGCCAGGGCCUCGUCGCAAAGUACAACUGCCAGCACAGCCUGGCCGAGAUCUACAACGACCAGGGCCAGCGCGAUCUCUCCGAGAGCUUCCUGCGCGCCGCUAUCGACACCGCCGCCGUGCGGCACGGGCGCAACGACGAGCGCGUCCUCCAGAUGCUCUUCGAGCUCGAGAAUCGGCUUGCCGAAUGGGGUGAGGGCGACGACAAGCUUGCCGAGCCAAGAGAGAGGUCGGCUGGGAUAAUUGUGGCUUUGAACAACGAGUGUUGA